CAUUCGCGUCGUCUUCCCCUCCGUCUCCGAUGGCCGGAGCGACGCCUCCGCAGCCUUCGGGGUUCGGAUCUCUCCACUCCGUAUCCUCGCCUACUUGGGUUCCGUUCUACCACCAUCUUUUAGGACCCCUUUUCUCGUCCUCGCGGUCUCCUUGUGGUCACCUGAAUUGAAGGAUUGGGGAUUUCGCCUUCCUCUCCACGAACUCACCUUGCCGCGCGUCGAGGGAGGAGGGAAUUACUACCACCGGGUGACUCGUGGUUUCGUACGCAGAAGGUGGCGAAAUGGACGAGUUCUUCAUCGGGCUCGAAUCCCGGCUGCGGCGCUCGGUGAAGGUGGCGGACUCCGUCAUGAUGGGGCUCGUGAACGCCGCCAUGGAAGACGCCUACAAGAAGAGCCUCUGGAAGGACGGCGACCUGGAGCGCCUCGUCCAGAAGCUCCGCUUCGCCGAGCUCGCCAUCAUGCAGCUCGAGUGGAGCCUCCGCUUCGUGCGCGGCGAGAUGGAGUCCGGCUCCGGCGGCGGCGGCGACGGCGACUGCCACGAGCAGCUGCUCGACGACCUCCUCGAGACGCGCGACCGGAUCCAGGCCCGCCUCGACGAGGCCGAGCUCGCCGUCGCCGACAAGGACCGCGACUACAUGCUCCGGAAGCACGAGGAGCUUGCCUCGUCGCGCCGCGAGGCGGCGGUGCCCGCCGUCUCCGGCCGUGCCAGCGCGCUCCGCCGGGAAGCCGACGACGACGAGGAACGCCGCGUGUUCGGGGAGCUGAAGGGCUCGGUGGACCGGCAGAUGGCGAGGAUGAGGUUCAGGCUCGAGGACGCGCGGUCCACGCUCAUGGCGCUCAUGGAGACGGUCAGCGGCGAGGCGUCGCCGAUGGCGAGGCUGCAGGAGGCCGGGCACGAGGGCGACGGGGUGAAAUGCUUGUCAGGAUUCUACAGCAUGGCGCAGCUGCUCAUGGAGUUCCAGGAGAUGGUCCUCGACGCCGGCGCAGUGAGCGACAGCGUCACAUCCUCGUUCGAGUUCAUGGAGAGGUCCGUCUCCUCGUUGAAGGAGGCCAUGGACGAGCAGCAGUGGCUGGCUAACGUCGAGAAGGAGAUGUACGCAGCGACCAUCAAUGGUUUUCUCAGAGAGAUCAGUGCGGGAUUUCCAGUUCUGAAUGAUUGUUCUUCUCCGGGAGAGAGGCAGCCACCUACUGAGAAUAUUUGGGAGGAAACUGAACAUCUGAAGGAAAAAACCGAGCACAAUCAGAAGAGCCUGAAGGGAGAUCAAUGCGGGAUAUCUGGUUCUGAAUAUCUGACAACAACAAGGCCUGCGGCAACAGGGCAAUGUUAUUCAGAAGAGCCUAGCAUCUGUCAUGAGGAGGUUGAGAGGCUUAUAGAAGAAAAGAUUGAUUCGGAGAUCAGAUGUGAACUGCAACAUGUGUUACAUUCAGAAAUAUUCAGAGACUUGGUGAGGAAAUUGGCUGUUCUGGAUGUUCAGAAGCUAACUGAAGAAAAUGGUGAACUGAACAUCAGAGUUGAACUACUCUGUGAAAUAUAUACUACAGUAUUUAAAGAUUUGGUGAGUAAACUAAGUUCAGAAUCUGCUGAACAUUUUAUCAGGACCUUCAUCAAAGAUGAAGUAGAAGCUGUCAUUUUUGCCCGGACUUUAAAAGAAAUUAAGAGUGUGACUGAAAUGGUUCGCAGUGAGAAGCAUAUCAAGGAAGAAAACAAUUGCAGUUUUCCUGGGGAAAUAGAAAAGGGUUUAGAACAAAAUAUUGAUUUUAAUGUGCUCAGAUUCCCAGAUGAAAAUGCAUGCACCAAUAAUUUGGGAAGAUUCAGUAUGAUUGGCAAUAUUGAACAACUAUAUACUAUGAAGAUGCAAACUAGUGGUGCUAGUGAAGAUAAAUGUACAGAUUAUUAUCAGGUACCUCUUGAGAAAGAGAUUUUAAGCAGCCCUGGUAAUUGUGACAGGCAAGAUUCAGAAGAAAAUUAUCUGCUAGCUGAAAUAUCAACAGGAAAAGAUGGUGUUUCUGAUGCAUGGAAUGGCAAUGUUGAGCAGUCUUUGCAGCAACAGGAUCAUAGGAAGCUGCACGUGGGAGACACAGCUUUAAAUCUGAGCAUACCUCCUGAAGAAGCGAAUACAGAGAAUGCCGAAAUGACCUUGAUUCUUAAUGAGAAACUUGAUGUGAUUCACUCAACAGGUUCAAAUUCCAUGCUUGCUGAACAGGAUCACUUUGAUCUGCAAAUGGCUCUAGUUUCAUUCACUGGUUUCCAGGAAGUGUUCAUGAAUUUUGAAGCUGUUACCUGCGAAAAGUUAGAAACAGCUAUGCUGAGAUUGAAUUAUUUGAAAAAGCAACAGGGAAAUCUGAUUGAACAGAUGCGCUCUCUUAAAAUGAGCGAACAGAGUUAUCAGAUAGCUUUCAUCAGGCGAUGCCACGAUCUCCAAACUGCGGAAGCAGAGGUGGAUCUGCUUGGUGAUGAGGUGGAACUGCUUCUUGGACUUCUCAGGAAGACAUAUAAAGCGUUGGAUCGCUAUUCACCGGUUUUAGAACACUAUCUCGGGGUAAUGUUAUGAUUUUGUGCCAUUAUGAGUUAGAUUUAUAAAGCAAAGCUAUUGCAGAUACUACUGAGUACGGCAUUGCUCGAAUAUCUAAAUAAUCAUACCUGAAAUGGUAUAGUUGAGUUUGUUCAUUUACUUUUUCAGGUUAGGGAGAUGCUGAAACUGCUUGGGAAGGAGCUAGCCCUGAGGCAUCAGGUUUAGUACAGUGUUGUUCGUAUCAGUCUGUUGAUCAGUGAAACAUAUGCUUCAUACACCCAGAUUAACCCAUAGACCUGGUUCAGGUGCAUGUAUUUUCUUUCGCUUGUAGCUUGUUUAUAUUUUAAAGAAAACAUUAGGAUCAGUCAAUAAAAUACGAUCAUUUUCUUUUUCGAAA